CUGGGACUUGAAGAGUUUUGUGUUUGCAGAAGAGCAUUUUGCAUUUCUGGCCUUUAUUUGCUUGUAAAUUCUCACCCUCCCUGUCCCCCACCACCCACAUGGGCCCUCUGUCAUGCACUCUUCAUUUUUUCUAUUUUUCUUUAUUUUUUUGUUUCCAAAAUUAAAUCUAACUCAUCUCAUCCCAAGUUGUUCACACCCACUGAUACACCCUCCGCCCUGCCGUCCUUGCCCUCACGGCAAGAGGAAGUGCAUAAUAUUGCCUUAAGAAGAUUUCAGAACAACAAAAAAACCAUUCUGAGAUUUAAACACCACCCAGUCAACUACGCAGUUAGCGUGCUUCCUCCAGCCCUGUGCAGGUGCCUGAAGAACACUCUCCUGCAACUCUCGCUGCUCAGUGGGGAAGACAGCUGUAAAAAUGACAACUGAAACCUGGACUGUAAAUUAUGAAGCAUCUUCUGCUGUCUACUCGGAUUAUAAUCCCCUCUAAGAUACCUGCCCACCACAGGACCUACCCUAUGCUUGUGUCUACAUUCCCAUCCUCUACUUCAUCGCUUUCUUCAUUGGCAGCCUCUUGGUGAUUGUGCUGAUGGCCAAGAAGAAAAGUAGCAAGAUGCUGGUGGAUACCUUUGUCCUGAAUCUGGCUGUUGCCGACCUGGUCCUUGUCUACACCUUGCCUCACUGGGCAGUGUCAGCAGCUUAUGAUAACAAGUGGUACUUUGGUGAAGGCAUGUGUAAGUUCAGCCGCUUUAUCAUCUCUGUGAACCGCAGCUCCAGCAUCCUGUUCCUAAUGGGCAUGAGCGUGGAGCGUUACCUGGUGGUCAUGAAGUGUGUGGACUCCAAGUCUACUGGGACUAAGAUGAUCAUUGCCUGUGGUUGCAUCUGGGCUGUCUCUCUCCUCCUAGGCAUUCCCUCUAUGAUGUAUAGGAAGCUCUCCCCCUCAGAGGAUACCACUGGUGAACUGUGCGAGGAUGAGGACUCGAUCGCCUUCCAGGUGCUCAGCCUGGCUUUGCUUAUCUUGACCUUUCUCCUGCCCUUGGGAGUGAUCUUAUUCUGCUAUUGCUACUCCUUGAAGCUGCUGAACCACAUCAGCUUGGGAAAGGGGACGAAGAACUCCCUCCAGAUCAUCUUCACGAUCAUCAGUGCCUUCAUCUGCUGCUGGCUGCCUUUCAAUGCCUUUAAAGCGUUCCUCUUCUUCUCCUCCACAUUCCAGGGAGCAGAUCUGUCUUGCUGGGCAUUAAUGGCUCUCAGACAGGGCCUGACCAUUAGUGCUUGCUUGGCCUUCAUGAACAGCUGCAUAAAUCCCAUCAUCUAUGCUUUGAUGGAUCACCAUUUCCGACGCCAGGUGCUGCAACAACAGCUCCUGGUCUGUGACGCUUUCCAGGAGAUAAGGCAAACCUUGGUUUUGUCCGUCUCAUCCACUACUGAGUCCAGCCUCAUGUUCGCCAGCCAGAACAAGCCAUCAUCGCCUGCCUCCAUUCGGCUGGAGAUGUAAGAGGGGAUAGGUAGGUUUAGAAGCCUCCACCCUGAGGGGUUAGGCAGGCUAGGUAGUCGCUGUUGAUGCUUCUUGUGUUGGUAAAAUGUGCCAUUUAUUCGGACAGGUUUCAGGUUAAUUUUGACAAGGGCUUUUCCUUCUUGACAGAUCUCACUCUAAAAGCUUUGCUAAGCUACCCCCCAGGUCUAUGUAGAGCUAUAACGCCCAUCUGUCUCACCUGGGUGUCAGCAGAACCUUAGUGGAUCCACUUUUCUCCUGCCGUAACUCCACUGAUGUCCAGGGAGCUGCAAGAGCAGAGUUUCACUCAGUAUUCGUAGAGGUUAUAACAAGUUUUGAAAAGGAAGAGGCUGAAAAUUUGCAAAGAUGACUAGGGCAUUUAGCCACACAGCUCCCAUUGAAAUGAAAACCUCACCUAACAGCUGCUCUCUCCUUCCCCAGCACCCUUGGGAGAAGAGGGAUUCUCCACUGGCCUUGCCUUCCCCUGCUAAGGAAAUCAGGCACAUCCAGUGCCUUUCCCAGGGGCAUUCACACAUCCCAGAAAUACAGUGAGGGAGAAACCACCCUGAAUGCAGCCUCACACCCAGUAGAAGCAUCAGGGUUACUUAGGCCUGGUCUAUAGAUCCACCCAGCUACACUGCUCAGGGAUGUGAAAAAUCCACCCCCCUGAGCAACGUAGUGAAGCUAACGUAAUCCCCGGGCAUAGACAGUGCUAGGUCAAUGGAAGAAUUCGUCCCUCAACCUAGCCACUGCCUCUUGGAUAGGUGGACUGGAUACAGCGAUGGGAGAAUUCCUCCUGUCGGCGUAGGUAGAUCCACAGUGAAGGGCUGCAGCAGCGCAGCUGUGCCACUGAAAUGUUUCACAUGUAGACAAGCCCUUAGGUUUGC